AUGGCGCCGCGGUCCCUGAGCCCCUUGGUGCUGGCGCUGGGCGGCGCCGCGGCCGUGCUCGGCUCGGUGCUCUUCAUCCUCUGGAAGGCCUACUUCGGCCGCGGACGGGAGCGGCGCUGGGACCGCGGCGACGGCUGGUGGGGCGAGGAGCCCGCCCGUCUCCCCGAGUGGGACGAGUGGGACCCCGAGGAUGAGGAGGACGAAGAGCCCGCUCUGGAGGAGCUGGAGCAGCGCGAGGUGCUGGUGCUGGGGUUGGAUGGCUCUGGGAAGAGCACGUUCCUGCGAGUGCUCUCCGGGAAGCCACCGCUGGAAGGCCACAUCCCCACCUGGGGCUUCAACUCCGUGCGGCUGCCCACCAAGGACUUCGAGGUGGACCUGCUAGAGAUCGGUGGCAGCCAGAACCUGCGCUUCUACUGGAAGGAGUUUGUGAACGAGGUGGACGUGCUGGUGUUCAUGGUGGACUCGGCUGACCGGCUGCGGCUGCCCUGGGCCCGGCAGGAGCUGCACAAGCUGCUGGAUAAGGACCCUGACCUGCCUGUCGUCGUGGUGGCCAACAAGCAGGACCUGAGCGAGGCCAUGAGCAUGGUGGAGCUGCAGCAGGAGCUGGGUCUGCAUGUCGUUGACAGCCAGCGGGAGGUCUUCCUCUUGGGAGCCAGCAUUGCCCCUGCAGGACCUGGCUUUGAAGACCCUGGCACUGUGCACAUCUGGAGACUGCUCUUGGAGCUUCUCUCCUAAGCUGGCACCACCUGUUCACCACCCAGCCCUGGGAGCCCCAGGUCUGCUGCUCCUGCUUCUUCAGCACCGGCCUGGGCCUGGGGCAGGAGCUAUGUGGCCCCUUACCGCCCUCAUGAGCAGGGCCUGGGCAAGGCCAAGAACCACAGAGAAGCCCUCCUGGUGAGGCGGCCUUGGGGCUGGAGUGGGGAGGUGGGUGGGGCAGAGGGUGGGCACAGAGAGUAUGGCUCUUUCUGGACUGGAAGAGGAUCCAGCUGUCACCCGACCUGGACGGUGAGAUGCUCAGUGGGCUCAGUACUCCGCCCUGCAGGUCCUGGCAACUGAGGACCGUUUCGAUGUCGUAAGUACUUCUAGCCGAGUGUUCACGCCUGGCAACUUCAGGCCCCUCCUCACAAGCAGGUCCUAGGCAGUGCACAGUGAACCCCGGCUUCCAGUUCACAUUGUCCUCCAGCCCCAGCUCUGCCCAUCGGGCUUGUGGCCUUGACCAGUGUCUUCUCCUCUGGCCCCAGGGCCAUGAUUUUGAAAGGAAGAUUUCUGUGGUUUUUUUCGAACUGAGAGAUGCAUUUCCCAGUGGUAGAGAUGAGAAGUGUGAGGACAAACCUGGAGCUCCUAGCAAGGAUCUGAAACCUCCCUGCUUCCCCAGGCCAAGGCCUGGCCCCCAGCCUCUCGUGACUACAGAGUAAGAGGUAUUCACCCCCAGUCAGAAAAACUGAAAGCUUGUCCCGCCGAAUCGGAGCAAACAGCUGCUACUGUGUUAGCUGACCAGUGCCCGUGUUUUCAUGAGUGGGGGAGAAAGGGGUGCCAUUCCCGGAAGGAGGCCGAAGACCAUGGGUGUUGAUCUAGGGACUGCACUGUGAUUAUUUAUUUAUUUAUAAAAGGAACAGGCCAACGAUUUGGGGUGUUUCCAGGUGCUGUUAUCAAAACCUCCAACGACCGGCAUGGAAACUUUGGAUCUUUGAGGAAAACAGCUGAACUCCAGAAUGACAAGGUGAUCAGCCACCAUGUUAAGGGAGCUGGAUCUGUAGCUUCCCCUGCCCUUUGGCUGUAACUGAUACCACAAUACUUCACCCUGAUCCACAUGUACCGUAGCUCCAUCAGCACGUCACUCUGCUUCUGUGUAGUUAGCAGAGGACUCUGGGAAAGGAAAUUCCAAUCAUGUAAAUCCAGGUACAAAGAACUUGGGCGUAGCAGACCAGCCAACGGGGUAGCCUGGAACAUCGCUCAGCCUCUCUACCCCUGUGGAUGCCCCAGCCACAGCAAAGUUGGACGGAAUUUCUGCUCUUCUCUCCAGUGCACAGUCAGUGAUUCUCCUUCCAGUGACCAGCCAGUUCAAGGACCAUCUUACCUGCAUCAACACCUCUUUAGUGCAGGCAACAGGAGCCUUUUGUCCGUUGGGGCCACUGAGUAAUCAACAGCCACAAAUGGGUGUUGUUUUUUAGAGCACAUAUCCAAUUGGGUUUGCUUUUUCAUUGAGAAUAGAGGUUAUGUGCCUUCGUUUCGUUUGGC